GUUUGCGGUGAUAGCGUCAGGCUGUGCCAGCUGUCCCAGGCUGGUGUGUCGCAGGGAUGGCUGCGGGGCCGAGUUCUGUUACCACUGUAAGCAGGCCUGGCACCCAAACCAGACAUGUGACUCAGCCAGGCAGCAGAGAGCCCAGUCCCUGCACACACACAGCAACCAGUCCCCGAGCUACACACAGGAGCAAGGCCCAGCCGAUGACAUCAAACCCUGCCCACGAUGCGGCGCUUACAUCAUCAAGAUGAACGACGGGAGCUGCAAUCACAUGACCUGUGCCGUGUGCGGCUGCGAGUUCUGCUGGCUGUGCAUGAAGGAGAUCUCUGACCUGCAUUACCUCAGUCCAUCCGGCUGUACCUUCUGGGGGAAGAAGCCGUGGAGCAGGAAGAAGAAGAUCCUGUGGCAGCUGGGCACUCUGAUCGGCGCCCCCGUCGGCAUCACCCUCAUCGCUGGCAUCGCUGUGCCUGCCAUGGUCAUCGGCAUCCCCGUCUACGUGGGGCGCAAGAUCCACGCCCACUAUGAACUGAAGAAGACGUCGCGUCAUAGAAGGAACUUAGCCAUCACGGGGGGCGUGGCCCUGUCAAUCAUAACUGCCCCGGUUAUCGCUGCUGUCAGCGUGGGUAUUGGCGUGCCCAUCAUGUUGGCCUAUGUGUACGGGGUGGUGCCCAUUUCUCUGUGCCGAGGUGGGGGCUGCGGCGUGAGCAGAGGGAAGGGGCGUGGUGUACGGAUAGACUUUGAUGAGGACGACGGACCAAUCACAGUGGCAGAUGCAUGGCGUGCCCUCAAAUCCCCCAGUCUGGGUGAGAGCAGCCUUGAUGGAGCAGCCAGCGGUCUCAGCACCACCUCCCCUAGCGAGGGGCUCUCCGUGGCCCCUGGCGCCCUGGGGGACACCCCCCAUUUUAACACCCUUGCUGGGGGUGCCCUGGGAGCCCGCACAACCAAAUACAGCAGGCUGGAGGUGCAGGGAGGAGAGCUGGCGAAGGAGUCGACCCAGAGGGAGACCAGGAGCCUGGGCGCAGGGAGCGACUGUGCCAGCACCCGAGGGAUGGCUGGAUCCAUCAUCUCCUCCUACACACUACCUGACAGGGAGUGCACCAACCUGGAGAUCCAGGUGGACAUCGAGACCAAACCCAGCCAUCUCUGCCUGACCAGCGAAGAGGACCUAACCCCGCCCCCAGGCUCUGCCGCCAUGGCAACUGGCUCAGGAGGGGAGGAGCCUCAGGACUGCAGUUCCAGGCGGGGCGGGGCUCUGUCCGGCUCGGUGCUGGGACUGUCACCAGGGACGUCGAUCAGGGAGGGGCUUCGCGAUGUCACCUUGGCGCAGCCAGAGAGCAUCCGCAGCGACCUGGAGAUGUCGGAUACGCAGUCGGACGACAUCGCCGAGCUGACAUCGGACGACUGUGAUUCGCCUCACCCCAAGACCUGUCACCCUGGUGCCGCCCACCAGCCCCAGGCCCUGCCCUCCUGCCGAGCCCUAAACCCCUCCACCGAAGGCCUUCACUGUCCUGCAGACAGCAACGUCAUCCUCUAUGUCUGAGAGAAUGGCGGCUCUCAGGAUCGCUUUGUUAGCAAACUAACAAACUGGUGGCGAUUAAACAUGCUAGCUUUCCCUGAUCUCAUCGCCUUUUUCAUCUGUUGUCACAUCUCGUUUGCUGCUUCUUUGUUUUUCCACUCCAAAAAAAAAGAGAGAGAGAAAAAGUAAGAAAUGUUUUAUGUGCAGACAGCCUUCGUUUUACUUUUGUCUGUCUGUGUUAUCCAUUCCACCUGUCAACCGUCAGGGUUCUACCUCUGAGAUUUAUAAGAUGACGAUUUAUGUUUACUUCUUGGUGCAAAAUGCCUUGGCUACUUAAGCAUAAACAGCAAAACAAGAGGGUACAAAUUUGCCACAAGGGAUACUGCAAAAAAUAAAAAAAAAAUGGAACAACGAAACAAGGUGAAACGUCACCAAGCACAGUUGUGGGUGAAGGAUUGUGGGAAAAGGAACUAGCACUGAGAUAGAGGGAUGUUUAUAACAAUGUGAGAAUGAAUGAGGACUUUGUAAUGAACUCUUUGGGCUUUAUUUUUUUCCUCCUUUCCUUCCUAUUUAUGAGCCCCAGCAUCCUUGAAAUGAUAUUAUUUGCUGUGUGCAUGAGUCUGCAUGAGCUCUGUCUUGAGUGGGGAGUGUUAAAGUUAAAGCACAGCAGGUUCCUGUUACACUGGCAUCGGAGUAGUUUGCACAGAGAUGUAUAGUGGUUUAGCUGAGGAUCUUGCACUCGAGUUCCACUUGCCCUGAACAGAUAAAGAGGCUUGGAAAGUCAACAGAGACAGAGAGACAGAGACAAAGAGCAGAUAUGAUAGUUCUGACAGUGAUCUCCUAGUGGCAAUAUAUUGCAUUAAAAUCCCUGAAAGAAAACUAUUCUAUUCUUUCAGAGAAAAGGGACAUAUGUACACUAAAUUUGAACGGACAUGAACAAACCCAAUUCCUUAUUCAACUCUGUCCUGUUUUAUCCUGUUUCAUUCUGUGACAUCUAUUACAGUAACAUCUUGUUCCUUUGCAGAAUGUCCACUAAGCUAAUAUUGCCUGACUCACUGCGUAUGCCAUCUAGGAGACAAAACUUAGCGUUUUCAAGUCAGGAAAUUAAGAUAUUUCAACUAUAUAAGAUUUCUUUCAACAACAUGAAAUCACUUGUUUGCCUGAAAGACCAGAAAUCUUGAAACAAGUUAGACCGCAAUGAUUGUAAAAUAUUCUCUCUAGUCUGAAGCUUAAUCAUGCAUUUAUUAGACAAAACCAUUUAAAGCCGUUGUCCACAAAAAGCUUCCUUAUUUUAUGUGCAUCUAAAAACGCUAUAAGUUAGAAACCGCCGUGGUUCUUGAGUGAAUGAUCCUUGAAAGAGGAUGAUGAGAUAUUUCUCUGCAGGUCUAAGACUGUCGAACUAGUCCAGGUGCAGCUGUUUUUGCAGGGCCACUAAGACAGAUCCGUGUGGUCAGCGUAGUAUUUUAGCCCGUCCUUGUCAGAACUCUUGUUUUAUUUAUUGCAGGGCUCUGGUGUGUCACAGCGGACUGGACAUCUGCGUACUAAAACCAACAAAGCGGUUGUAUAUGAAUGCCCAACUGCCUGCCUUAACCACAGCGGCGAUGAAGACACUCACUGACUAACACAACACACACACACACACACACACACACACACACACACACACACACACACACACACACACACACAUGACUGGCUUUGCUUUCAACCGGCUCACUAGCUGUCUGAACCACUCGAAUGUUGUUUAUGUUUGUGUGUAUGUGCACGCAUGCAAGAGAGAGUGAGAGCGAUGGAGUGGUUAAGGAAGAGAUAGAAAGAAGAGAGAGGGAAAGAAAUAGAUAGAAUAACCGGUAGUUAUGGAGUCAUUGCCUUUCACAAACCAUCAGCGGUGGCAAAAAAAGAAAGAAAAGUGUGAGAGAUGUCUGAUAAUGAACCAGCUCUGAAUGUGAUGAAUGUAUGUGCCACUAGCUGAGUGAUUUUUUUUUUCAACAAGCACUUGUGCACUUUAUCUCAAAUGUCUUUUCCUUUGCUUUCCUGUCCUCUGCUAUCAGUGGGUUUACUUCCAUUGCAUACAAAUGUCUGUGGUACAACCAAAAUAAAUCACUUACCAGAAAGCCUCUUACGCUGGAUGUAAACAUAACGGAGGGUUUGGUUUCAAAAGAUGUAUAUAUCCAUUUGGUGGAAAUAUUAGAUUACAGCCAUUCUUUUUAGGUGUUAGUAUUUUGUGAGAGAAGGACCUCAUUUACCACCUGUCUUUUCAAAAAGUACCAAAAUCUCUUUUGAAUUUAUGAUUGUUUUCACAUUAUCAAUUGGUUCAUUUUCAAAUGGUGGAUAUCCGAUUUUGAAACAAAACCGUUCCAAUAUUAAUGCCGAUGAGCUCUUCUGAAUCAUAAUCAAUAGCCUAAAUAGUUUGCUAGCUUUUUGUCACCUUUGUGCUUCGGUUUAAUUGGGUUUUCCCAGGUUUUCCUCUUAACCUGUGAGGACUCCAGAUGGAAACCUUCUCAUCUCAGACUAGCUUUAUGGAUUUAGCCAAUCAUGAAUGGGCAGCGCUUACUUUGGUCUGUGGAUAAUAUGGUCAGUUAUUGCUUGUUUCUGCCUGUCUGUGAGAAAAAGAUGCAAAUGUUACAUGGUUUUAAUUAAACUGAACUUCCCUGAAAGAGGCUGAAUAUGGGGAAAUGAAAGUGUCCUAUGAAGGACACAGCCGAUACUGUACUUGUUUGAGGUUUAGAAUAUAUAGAUAGCAAUAUUUAAGUGUUGUUUAAUGUAUAUUUCCUGGCACUUAAAAAAAAAGCCAUCAAGUGCUCGGAAAUACACACGGCCCGUUGAAGCCCUGCUCUGGGUUUAACAUGCAGGACUGUGAAAGAAAUCUUGUGGACCUUUGGGGAAGAAAAUAAAAAUAAAUACAUCUUCUGUUGCACCAAA